AUGGUACAGCGCCCUGUGAAAACAAGCGGACCGUUGAUUGGAAGUGCAUCGGCUGGUUGCGACGACAUUAUUUCGACGCUCGAUGCCAGCGAAUGCGUCGAUAGCACUGCCCUUGAUGAUGAGAGCUCGCCGCAGCACCACGCCAUGUAUUGGAUCUGUAAACACGAUCCCGCCAAGUUGGAUCUUGACGAUCCGGGAUUUCUCACUCGAUAUGCACUCGCUGUCUUGUUCUAUGGAACCUCUGGUCGAUUACCUGCAGAUACAGGUGUAGAAGAAACUGAUUGGAUCAAUCACGACUAUUGGCUGACAGGUGUUGGGUACUGCUCUUGGUUUGGCAUUACAUGCGUCGACGAAGAAGGCAAUUUGGAACUGAAUGCCAAUGGUGAGAUUCUACAGAUUGAACUGUCUCAAAACAUUUUGAGCGGAAGUUUGCCCCCCGAGUUAUCAGCACUUUCGGAUGCUUUUGGCUUUCAUCUCGACUCGAACUUUCUUCACGGCAGCAUCCCCAGUCAUUUUGGUCUCUUGACCAAUCUUCGCGACCUUUGGUUGUCCGACAACAAAUUGAGCGGAAGCAUUCCUCGUGAGCUUGGAAAUAUGGAGGAACUUCGAGAGCUGACACUGGGCAAAAACGACUUGACAGGAAGAAUACCGGAAACGAUUUCCCAAGCGACUCAUCUCCACUACUUUGCCAUGGCAGGUAACCAUCUGAUUGGCACUGUCCCUUCCGCCAUCUUUGCAACGCUGACUGCUUUGAAAACCUUUCAUGCCAGUGAUAAUGAGCUUACCGGAAGAAUUCCAGAAGAAUUAUACGGUAUGACCACACUUUCAGCGCUUCGGUUGUCCGAAAAUGAGCUUUCGGGAACGCUUUCGGAAAAACUUGGGCAAUUGAUCUAUCUUGAAAGAUUGCAUUUAUCUGGCAAUAGGUUCAAUGGAGAGAUCCCAGACACUUUCUUGGGAAUGGAUCUAUUGACCGAAUGCAGGCUUGGACACAACGACUUCAAUGGGGUUAUUCCUGUUUCUUUGGGCGAGAGUCUGGCAUUGGUUGAAUUGACGCUGGAGGACAAUGCAUUAACUGGCAAUGUUUCAGACGAAGUCUGUACUUUGACCGAAAUAGGAAGUCUGGAAGUCUUGACGGCAGACUGCUACUCCGGGGUGAACAGUAUCGAGGGGACACUUGAUCCAUCGAAUAUCGAAAGCACUCGAGUUGUUGAAGGGCGUGGGGAACUUGGGCGUAUGACUAGCAAAGAAAAGCGUGAUAAUGUGGUCUGUGACUGCUGUACUGAAUGCUUCUAA